UUCUAGGGUUUUUAUGGUUUUAGGUCUAACUUGGAAAUCUUUAAUCAUCUUUCAUGUAAACAUGCUCUUUAAGCUUCUUAACUGGUCUUUCCUAUCAGCAGAAGGCGAUGACUUGUGCUAAAAUCUUAGUGUCAAUUCAGUGAUUUAAUUACCACGGCUUUACUUUCGUUUCCUUUCAUAUCCCAAGUAUUUGUUCACUUCUAUCUAGCUGUUUGCUUUUAUUUUUGAUCAACCAUGAAAAAAAAGUUAAUCUGUUUUUACUAGGAAUAAAUAUCUUUUCUCCUUUAGCCUCCCAAUGUUGUCUGCCAUCCUGUUGUUGCCUAAGCUGUGGGACAGCAAGGCACAGGAGACUGACAAUGAGCGUUCCGCUGCCCCGGGCACCAGCGCCCCGCUUUUGCCCUUGCUGCAAAGGUUCCAGAGCAUCAUUUACAGGAAGGAUACGCCCCACUCCAAGGGCGACAUGCACCUUUUGUCUGGCCCUCUGAGCCCCAAUGAGAGUUUCCUGAGGUACCUCACCCUUCCACAAGACAACGAGCUUGCCAUUGAUCUGCAACAAACGGCGGUUGUUGUCAUGGCCCAUUUAGACCGUCUGGCUACGCCCUGUAGACGCCCCCACCAUGUAGCCCUCUGA